GUAAGUAUACUAGAAAUAUGCAGUUAUUACCAGUCAACUGAUGUAUCUCUGUGAAUACCAUCAAGAUCGUAAUAAUUUUUUUUGUCCGCAAAUAAGUCUCAAAUGACAACCUAGACUUUUAACAUACCAUAAAUCAUGUUGUAUACUGUGUUCUAGUUGUUGAAAUUUGUAUUUCGUAUGCCCCCGCUCGAAUUGGUGGGGCGAGAAUGGUUGUCUACUUGUAUUUCCUUCAGAAAUGAGCUGAGUUCGCCGACUACCAAUCUCCAUACUUGUUAUUGAUUUUCAUACUGGCUACAUACUUGUCAGUUAUCUACGAUGCGUCGACAAUUGGAUGGUUUUGAUAGCCCUUGCAUUUCAGAACGGGAGUAUGUAAAGCUCCAGUACGGCCGUAAAAUCGCUCAGGAUACUUGUCUCCUAGCCACUAUGAAAACUCCAGACUGGUCACAUGGUUUUCCUGCAUUUAUUGGCAAACACAAUAUAGUUCCAUGCACUGUGACCACCAAUUCUGGCAAUUCCACUCUAAAAAUGUAUCCUUACUCGGUGUAUUCAUCCUUCAGACCCCAGGAAACAAAGUUCCAUCCUUGCUUGGUGAGACAGGAAUGUCGCAUUAAUUAGUAUGUCGAUUUCCAGACAUCGUUUUUCUACUCGUAAUUCUCCGGUUUAUCAUAUUUCCUCAGGCUAAUCAGUUGUUGUGACGGAGACUUCCCAUAGUGUCAUGAAAAAUGUUAAUACAAUUAUUCAUUUACCUUUGUAGGUGCUUGUCAGUCGGAUCUCAGUCGGUGUCACAAAUAUCGGUCGAAUUACUUGAGACAUCGUUGCCUGUCUGGUCCAACAGUUGCUAUGCUACUUCCAACAGCGGGACACGAAUCCACACGCACUACUGUCCACUCCUCAGUAUUUGAAAACUGUGGUCGCGGAGUAAUAGAUCAAUCUAUUCCGUUGUCUCAUUUAAUAAUUUCACACUCUCCAGGACCGAAGAUGACGUCUAAUUUAUCACAUCUGAAUGUAUGUCCUAAGCCGCUUCCUUUUUUUGAACCUCACUAUUUGUCCAGUACUGAAUUUCAUUCUACUCACGCAUCUCAUUCACGUUUCGCGUGUAGCUAGAAUUAUUUUUAGUGCUGGCGUAGUUUUAACAACUUAAUGCAUUUCUGAUGAAGCUCGCCCAGUCAAUUUUAUAGUCUCGAUUCCCGUUUGUCUCGUCCUUUGCAUUUAACUACUGGAUAGCACAUUAGUACAAAUCCUUUAUCCCUCAUCACGCAAAUCUCAGUAAUUUACCACCCAGUUAUGCGAAGUUUUCACUUUUUCAUAGUAAUAUUAAGUGCAGGAUUUUUAUCAUCCUUCCCAACUUACGUUUCGUUCAUUCCACACUAACUUUGGAACUGCUUUUCUUUUUAUGUCAGAAACUAUUUAUGCACUGGCGUAUAUGUCACGUUAUUGGUAGUUCAAAUAACCUUCCUUGAUUAGGUAUUGAAACUAAUUUUGUUUUAUUCCAGUUCUUUUAUACAUACGCUUUCUAUAAUUAUGCUUUUUGUUUAUAUUUAUUUAUGUACUUCGUAUGUAUUGUGUUUACAUUUUUUUACGGAUCUCUAUGCUAUUUAUUGCUUUUAAAAUUAUCUAUUUACUUUAUGGUCA